AUGGCGGACCGUGAACGUCCUGCGAAAACCCCCAUUAGGGUGGGUUUUUAUGACAUCGAGAGGACCAUUGGCAAGGGAAAUUUUGCCGUCGUUAAGUUAGCACGACAUCGAAUAACGAAGACUGAGGUAGCAAUUAAGAUAAUAGAUAAAUCGCAAUUAGACGCCAGCAAUCUUCAAAAAGUCUACAGAGAGGUGGACAUCAUGAAGAGACUGGAUCAUCCUCAUAUUAUUAAGCUUUACCAGGUCAUGGAGACGAAGAACAUGAUCUACAUAGUUUCAGAAUACGCAAGCAAAGGAGAAAUUUUUGAUUAUAUCGCGAGGUAUGGCCGCAUGGCUGAGCAAGCAGCACGCCGCAAGUUCUGGCAGAUCCUUUCCGCCGUGGAGUACUGUCACGAAAGGCGCAUCGUUCACAGAGAUCUCAAGGCGGAAAACUUACUACUGGAUGCUAACAUGAAUAUCAAGAUCGCGGAUUUCGGAUUCAGCAAUUACUACGCGACAGGCGAGCUCCUCGCGACGUGGUGUGGGUCGCCUCCCUACGCUGCUCCUGAAGUCUUCGAGGGCAAGAGAUAUACGGGCCCAGAAAUUGAUAUAUGGAGUCUCGGCGUGGUGUUAUACGUGCUCGUAUGUGGGGCACUGCCUUUCGACGGCUCCACACUUCAGUCAUUAAGGGACAGAGUGCUCUCCGGCAGAUUUAGGAUACCAUAUUUUAUGAGCGAAGAUUGCGAGUCUCUGAUCCGCAAAAUGCUUGUCUUGGAGCCGAUGAAGAGGUACACCAUAGAACAAAUCAAGAAGCAUCGGUGGAUGGCAGCAGAGCCCUACGCAGUGCCAACGAUAUCAGCUGACCCUGCACGUAGUCCUGCGCACGCACCGUCCCACAAUGAGCCAAACGAACAAGUGCUGAGGCUCAUGCAGAGUUUAGGAAUCGACCCAAUCAAAACUAAAGAGAGCCUCAGAUCCAACAGCUAUGAUCAUCAUGCGGCGAUAUACCUUCUGUUAUUAGAAAGGUUGCGUGCGAGGGCGGCCAGUGGAGCUAGUAUGUCUAACGUAGAAGCCCGUACCAGACCCUCACGACGACCAUCUUCUGUGGCUGAUCAAGCAUUAGCCAAAGAGGCUCAUGAGGCUAGACGGGAACAUCACACAAGGUUACUUCACGCUGGCGAUUCUCAGUCACGGGAGUACAAUAGAGCCACUCCGACAAUAUCCAGUGCACCGGUGGACUCGUCGUCUGCCGAGACACAGAGAUUGUUGUCCCUAGCAGCCGUCAACAUGACCGAACAACGACUGCUCCAGCGAAAUUCCGAUCCCUCGGAUACGCAUCGGAGCUUUUUAGUCGGCAACCUUGAUGCUAUUUCCAGAAGCCAUGAGUCAGAAUCCACUAGACUACUUUCCAUGAGAAAUAUUGAUGUAUCUCAAUCAAACCAAAGGUUAGGUGCUAAAGUAAAUGAGCCCUCUUUACCAACACAUAGGCUCCUCACCUCAACUUAUGAACAGCAACAAAAUAUUUUGAAACAAUCUAGUGAAGACUGCCGACGGCUACUGCAGCAGUCAACAACUGUGGGGUCUGAAUCUAGUAAAAAUACCAUUGAUGGUACCAGACUGCUUACUUCUUCAAGUUUCGAUUCCAAGUGUGCUAUUGACGGUGGAAGAAGUUCCUCAACGACUGAUCACAACGCUAUAGCGAAUUUUUUACAAAAUUCUGCUUCGGCGACUAAUUUCAGUGUUGAUACUAUGAAAUUACCUAACUCAACAACAUUUACAAUGUGUUCUGAAGCAGCUAAACUUAUGAAUACUUUACAACAGUCACCAUUGCCUUUGAAGGGAACGGUCAACUUGAGCACAAGUCCUAUCCCAACACAGCUUGGAGAGUCUAAACUAAGUAGUGUAUUAGAACAACCAAAGCCACUUGAAUCCACAAGACUUGUAUCACAAGCACAACAACAAGAUCUCAAUCGUCUCCAAACUAGUACGCCACCUUUUAAGGAUUACAUGAAUCACCAUCUCCCAGCAUAUGCGUAUUUACAAAAUUCUGUCUUGCCACCGAUGUCUAGUGCUGCAGAUGCAAAUUUUUCUAUUACUUCUACAGCCACCGGUGAUUUAUUUCCCAGUGGACUGUAUAGACCAGAUAGCAAAUUUUCACUCAACAGAUAUACUACGGGUCAAACGUAUUCCCAAAAUCUUCAAGGCAAUAGCAAUACAACAGAGGCGACAAAAUUUCAACAACAGUAUUCUUCGUCGACCGACGAAGGUUGCGAAACCGAUAUGGAGGAUGUCGCGAACGCAUCAGGCGGAGUUCAAAACAGACUAAGUUCUUACGCUAGUUCCAGUUCCAGCAGUGGUGUUGUCACUUUUUUCAAUAACAAAAGUCUUAGUCAAAAUCUAAGUUGCGAUUCAUCACAAAGCAAUUUUUCUACAUUCGAAAGCCUAGACUAUCAACUGUCUGACUGUUCUAGUGAGUUAGCUAGUAGUCUUCCGAGUUGCACCUCUAAUGAAGAAAAAUUAGCCUAUGAUAAUAAUUCACUCGUAAAUACAAGCCCAAUGCAUCCAUGCGUUUACAUAUCGUCUUACAACAAUAAAACUCCAGGCGUGGGAUUCAUCGCUAGACACAAUCCAUUGAAUUACCAGUCUGUCAAUAACAAGAAUUGUCCUCGGGCAAUCACGCGGAGUCCGGUUGAUUUUCGGGAAGGGCGACGCGCUAGUGAUGGCCUUGUGGCACAACAAGCUGCACAGUCCAAUGAAUCACAAAAAAAUAGUCUGGCUUUUAACAGCCAACGCUUAAAUGAGAACUGUAAAGCGAAGGGGGUUUUGGAACUACAUCUAGUGCAAAAAGAGGCGCAGAAAUUAAAAACUCAGUAUCAAUCGACAAUACCUGCAGAAGAAAUGACACAGAGACAAAUUCAACAUAACCAGUUCGCAGCCAGUUUUAGUCCACAUUACUUGGAUACGAAAAAUCCCACUCCAAAACGUAUCAGUCUUCCCGAAACGUUUAACUACUCAAGUACGUCUCCACCGAUGCCUGCGAGUCCUAAGCUAGUGUCACAACUGCAGGACCAGACCGAGCUACAACAUGCAGCUUCUCAAGUCAAACCGCCGUUGCAGCAACAGCUCAUGCAACACAGACUGUUUCAACAAAAGCGACAGCUACUUCAGAAACAGAUGACUCCUCCAAAUGUCCCUACCCACGAAAUGGGUAUUCACACCCUGCAAGUGGGACUCAGUAGGCGACAAAUGUUACGGCAACAAAGUUACAAAAUAGCUCAGCAACAACAAAUUUUACCUCCCUUGCCACUCACCGAAACUGAAAACCGUGACUUGCUAGCUUUUCAAGCAAUAGUGGAAGGUCCAAACAGAACACCGAAGCAUAAGCCGGAAGAAGGUCAAGAUGAGGCGAAAUUCGCAUAUCAGGGCUCUAUGGAAAUAAGCAUAUUGAAUAAGGAGCGGUUGGGUAAUGAGAACUGGUCAAACUUGCCGUCGAGCUUGCAGAGUGCGUGUCAGAUCUCGGAGCUGGCGGGGCGGCGCGAGACGCGCGACACCCGCGAUUCGCGCGACCCCGAGCCCGAGGCGGCGGCGCAUGCGUCGCACGACGCCCCGCUGUGGCCGGGCCACUGGAACACCGCGCUGUUCCAGCCGCAGCCCUGCUUCCAGUCUAAUUGGCAAGGUCACAGCCUACCACCUACAGCUGGUAUGCUACCUCUCAGCGAGAGCCCUAUUUUGGAGCUCACAGAACAAAUGGAGUCCAUAUAA